ACAGCGUAUUGUGGUAGAAACAUAUAUAUCUAUAGAUAGAUCAACACAAUGACCUGCAUCACUGCUCCGGAGUGUUCAAGUUGUUGUUAGACAUAUACUGUCGCUACACGAGCAUGGAUGUUGAGCGUGCUGUCCCUGUUAAGUGGACUUCUAACCUCGAGUUUCUUGCAACUUUGCUCGGAUAUUCGUUUGGUCUUCCAGACGUAUGGCGUCUACCUUACCUCACCUACAGGAACGGCGGAGGGGCAUUCCUCAUUGCAUAUGCUCUAUUGAUGCUGCUGUGUGGGGCUCCGUUGUAUUUCAUAGAGAUAGCCAUGUCUCAGUACUCUGGUAAGGGACCUUGGAGGAUUUGGGACAUCUGUCCCUUGUUUAGAGGGUUUGGUUUGGCUGUGCUGGUCAUUAAUAUGGUCAGUCUGGUGUACGACACGACAUUGAGGUCCUGGAUUAUUGAGUACCUGGUCAAUUCCUUUAAGUCGGAGCUUCCCUGGACAAGCUGCAACAACAGCUGGAAUACAGACAAGUGCAGAACAGGAUUUCAUCGUAGUGUCUCCUAUCUUAAUAGUUCAACAUACAAUACAACCACUGACCGUUCUCUAGUAUACAACGUCACAUCAGGAGUGCCACAAUCCGUGUCGUCCAUAGAGGAAUUCUGGAUGCACAAAGUCUUGCGCCGAUCUAGUGGAAUAGAAGACAUAGGGGACGUAAACGGGACGUACAUAUUUUACUACGUCCUGGUCCGACUGGCUGUAUUUCUCGCGUGUGUGAAAAGUGUCCAGUCUUUGGGGAAGAUGAUGUACGUUACAGCCCUACUGCCCGUCAUUCUGGUCGUUGUAAUCUGGGUUCGGGCCCUGGUCCUCCCGGGUGCAGUAGAUGGCAUGCUGUAUUUUAUCAUUCCCGAUUUCUCAAAACUUGCAAACAUCCAGGUAUGGAUAGAGGCAGCUUUUAUGACGUUUUACACCCUCGGGCCGGGCUGGGGAGGACUUAUGAUGAUGGGUUGUCACAAUCAUUUCCAAACCAAUUGCUUGAGGGCAGCUGUGGCAACAACGAUUGCAACUUUACUGUACGGCCUACUCAAUGGUCUGGUCGUCUUCUCCGUGCUAGGCGUCAUGGCGAGGGAAGCCGACGUACCCAUCACCAGUGCUAUUACUUCCGGUGGAUUUUCGAUCGGUUUCAUUGCUUACCCAAAGGCGCUGAGUUAUUUCCCCGUGCCUCAAGUCUGGUGUGUCUUGUUCUUUAUCUCACUUCUUCUUCCUGGCAUUGAUGCAAUGGCAGUUGAAACUGAACCGGUCAUGCAGAUAUUCGAGGAAAACUUUCCACGGAUACUGCACAACAAACGACCAUGGCUGCUCGGAGGAUUCAGCAUUCUGGCCCUUGCACUCAGCAUUCCCUUCACUACGAGGGCCGGAGUAUACAUGUUUCAACUGGUGGAUUGGUACUUGGCGACGUGGAGUAUAAUGUUGAUUUGUAUCGGGGAAACCAUAGUAUUUUUUUGGAUAUAUGGUGGAAACAGGAUUGACAGAGACCUUCAUCUUAUGCUCGGCAGACAUCUACCAGCACUGAUCAGGAUUAGCUGCGCCUUCAUUAUGCCAAUAUUUCUAAUGUUCCUACUUGUGGUGAGCAUGUACACCUACCGCCCGCCUACCCUAGGGACCUACACAUAUCCAGGCUACGCCACAGCUAUCGGCUGGUGCUUUUCCAUGAUAUCAGUUGUACCAAUAUUUCUGUAUGCAGGGAGAACACUCCUGAAAACCGACGGUCCCAUGAAAAAGCGUCUCGCACUAUGUACCAAGCCAACAGUACACUGGGGUCCAGCCUGCCCUGACCUCAACGUACCCUUCAUACCGCAGGGCGAACGUUUAUCCUUCCGAGAGCUCUUUUUGUUUAACCUCACCGGUAAAAGUGAUGAAGAAUGUAGGGAUUUAAACAUCACGGAGAAGCAAACUGAGAUGAUGGAAUGUUAGACAACAUUAUCAUGAUCCACAGAUUGUCAUUAUUCAUACUGCAUUAUAAAAUAAGUUAUAUGAUUGUAAUUAUACGAUUGUAGUAUGAGGUAAAUGAAUGAUAUUGUAAAUUGCUUGCACAAUUACAUUCUUUUAUUUAA